AUGCCAGAUAGGCUAGAACAAGUGCUUCCCCCAUCGUUGUUUGACACGUGCAAGUUCAUCUCCGUGGGCGCGACGGGAUGGGUUUUCGAAGUCUCCCCCGGCAUCGCCCUUAAAUACCUCUGCACAGGCCGCCUCGACGAGUUCGGCCACGAGAACAAAAUAUACGAGCUGAUUGAGCGAAGCAACCCGCCCCCGCACUUCAUCCAGAGCUUUCUCCGGCUCCCCGACGCGCAUUUUAUGCAGCGGAUGCCCAUCAGCCUCGACUUUCGCCUACGAAGCAACCGGCGCCAAGACCCUAAGACGCUACAAUGCUAUGAAGUUUUGCAUUUCGAGCCAACAGCUAGGAUUGGACAAUGGGCUGCGGAAUUGUCUAGUGCACUUGCUUGGCUAGAAUCCCUCGGGUUAGUCCAGGGGGAUCUACGCCCGGCAAACCUCCUCCUCGACAGUGACGAUCAUCUAAAGCUGGUUGACUUUGAUAGCUGUGCUAAGAUUGGUGAUAGAGAUCCUGGACUUCCACCACCAUGGUCUUCUCCAAAGCACAACUUUUACGGGGCUGGGACUGAGCAGUUUGCAUUUGGCUCCAUCCUCUAUAAUAUGACGCGUGGCCUCGAGCCGUACGAGGAUAAGGGCCCAGAAGUUAUUAGGCUGUUCCGUACUAUGGUGUUUCCAGAACUGUCUGACUCACAGCUAGAUGUGCUGACGCUUCGCUGUUGGAGGAGUGAAUUUACGACCUUGGCCGAUCUUGCCAAGUAUUGCGCGACGCUUGAAGGUGCUACGUCAGCUGCAACAGCCAACGCGACUAACGAUGAGUAUAUCAGAAGAAUGAAGAAGACUUGUGAAGAACUGCUACGUACUAAAUUAGCAGAUUUAGGUUAUAAGUUACCUAGAGAUAUCUAG